UCGUUGGUGUCAGUGGGGGGAGGAAUAGUGCCCCAUUGUUGGUGUCAGUGGGGGAGGAAUAGUGCCCCAUCAUUGGUGUCAGUUGGGGGGAGGAAUAGUGCCCCAUCGUUGGUGUCAGUGGGGGGAGGAAUAGUGCCCCAUCAUUGGUGUCAGUGUGGGAGGAAUAGUGCCCCAUCGUUGGUGUUAGUGGGGGGGAGGAAUACUGCCCCAUCGUUGGUGUCAGUGGGGGGAGGAAUAGUGCCCGAUCAUUGGUGUCAGUGUAGGAGGAAUAGUGCCCCA